AUGUUGUCCAAGUCUUUAAUUGCUACGGGGUUGUGCUUCCUCCUUGCCGAGGCCAUUCCUCACAACGAUGUGCUGUCCCGCAGUCAAUCUUCGGCCAUGGAUUCGUAUCUGCUUUAUGCCACGUCAUACUCCGGCAUUGUCCACACGUUGAAUCUGACAUUGCCGGCCCCGGGCUGCAAUGGCGCCGCCAGUUUGCGGGCCGUGGCUACCACGGACCAGUGCGGCGGGAAACCGUCAUGGUUGACCUUUAACCACGAUAACUCGUUGAUGUAUUGCACCAACCAGGGGUUCGGAACUCCUAACGGCUCGCUCACUUCCUUCCAGACCAGUAAAGAUGGCAGUCUGACCCCGCUGAGUCAGGUCGUCACGCCAUAUGGGGCCGUUCACGCGUCCAUCUACGGCGAUGGAGGCAAGGGCAUGGUGGUCGCCCAUUAUUCAGGGUCCGCCAUGAGCACCUACUCAAUUGCCAAUCCCGCCUCGCUCCAGCAACUCGAAUCGUGGACAUGGCAGCUCGAGAAGCCCGGCCCCAAUCCCCAGAAUGCUCCCCAUCCUCACGAGGCGGUGGUCGAUCCCACUGGGAACUUCAUCUUGGUACCGGAUCUGGGCGCUGACCUGAUCCGCAUCUUCGCCAUCGACCGGACCACUCUCAAGUUGACCACUCUUACACCCCACGCUACUCCUGCGGGCAGCGGGCCGCGCCACCUUGUCUUCCAUGUUACCGAGGGGAAAACUCUUGCGUAUCUGGCCAGCGAGCUGGGGAACACUGUCACCGUUUUCGAAGUAAUCUACCAGGCAAACAACGCUGGCCUUGUCUUGAACCAAGUCUAUGUGACCAGCACGCAUGGCGAAGGGAACACGGCGCCCAAGGGCGCUGCUGCAGCCGAACUUGUCUUUUCUCCCGACAACAAGUACCUGGUAGUGUCGUCUCGCCUCGAAGGCACGCUAUCCAUUCCCAAUUUUGAUCCCAAGAACGAGACAGCGAUCCCGUCUGAUCCCAUCUUUAACUUUGAGGUUCAGCAGGAGACUGGUGCUCUUUCCUUGGUACAGACUGUCCCUGCGGGCGGCAUGGUGCCGCGCCACUUUUCCAUGAACAAGGCUGGGACUCUUGUUGCUGUUGGUCUGCAGCAGGAUUUCCGAGUGGUUAUCAUGAAACGGGACGUUGCCACAGGCAGGCUUGGGGACAUUGUUGCGCAAAUCAAGUUGGACGGUGAAGUGACCUUCGUCAUCUUUGAUGAGUAA